CGUUUAAAUUGGCGCCAAUUCGAGCGAACGUGUUUUUUUUUACUCGCAGUUUUUCAUUAAAAAACUAGUUUUACUUGCGUAUUUCCCGUUAAAAUCAUGUCUUGUAGCAAAGAGGAAAAUAAGGACGAACAGGGAUACCUUCAGUUGAUCCGCGAUAUUGUAUCCAAAGGCAACAAGCGAUCGGAUCGCACCGGCGUGGGAACUCUGUCGAUCUUCGGUACCCAACUUCGGUACAGCCUCCGGGAUGGCACGUUUCCGCUCCUAACGACCAAGAAAGUGUUCUUCCGUGGAAUCGCCGAAGAGCUGCUCUGGUUUAUCCGCGGUUCUACCAACGCAAAGGAACUGCAAGCAAAGGGCGUUCGUAUCUGGGAUGGAAACAGUACGCGGGAGUUCCUGGAUUCUUGCGGCUUUACCGACCGAGAGGAAGGAGACUUGGGGCCAGUUUAUGGGUUCCAGUGGCGUCACUUUGGAGCCACGUACGGCACAUGCCACGAUGAUUACACAGGCAAGGGUAAGGAUCAGCUGGCGGAAAUCAUCGAGAAGCUGAAGAACAAUCCCACCGACCGCCGGAUCAUCCUGAGCGCCUGGAACCCGGUGGACAUUCCCAUUAUGGCUCUUCCACCUUGCCACUGCUUGGUACAGUUUUACGUGGCCAACGGUGAGCUGUCGUGCCAGAUGUACCAACGAUCCGCCGACGUAGGGUUGGGCGUGCCAUUCAACAUUGCGAGCUACUCGCUGCUAACGCACAUGAUCGCGCAUGUAACGGGACUGAAGGCCGGAGAAUUCAUUCACACCAUGGGUGACACGCACAUCUAUCUGAAUCACGUCGAUGCUUUGAAGGAGCAGCUGCAGCGAGAACCAAAACCAUUUCCAACGCUUACGAUCAAGCGCCAGGUGGCUUCCAUCGAUGAUUUCCAGUACGAAGACUUCGCUAUCAACGAUUACAAUCCGCACCCGGCCAUCAAGAUGGAAAUGGCCGUAUAGAUACCGUUACCCGUAAGCUCAAAGGUGAGACCAAUCAUUUAGCGAACAGUAUUUUACAUUACCGUUAGCACUCCAAAUUGAAUCUGUGAAUGAGGGAGCGCUUCCUCACAGCCCCUCAUGUAAGGGGUCGUCUUGAAUAAAUUCCAAUGU